CCAACCAGCCCCGUCUCUCUCUCGCAUUAUCUCCAGAUUAGAUCGUACAACCUCUCUCUCUCUCCCCAGAGCAACAGAAGCUUGACCGGCCGGCCUCCGUCCAACUCUGGCGACCGUCAACUCCGGCCACCGGAUUUGCUUCCCCACCAGCCUCCGCCCAACUCUGGCGAUCGUCAACUUCAGCGAGGUAGUUUUGCGGUGAGGUGUGUCUGUCCCGGCCAUCGAUGGGUCCGAUGACGGCAACAAGGUAGUGGCUUCACCGGCUGGCGCUGGAUCCGGCAUCCACGACGCCUCUCGGCGGCCUCCUCGUCCAUCUCGUCCCCGACGUGAUCAGCUCGUGAGCACGGGCACCAGGACGGGUCAUCGCCAGAUCCGGCGACUCCAAGCCUGACCGCCGCCGAAUUUUAUCGUCGGCCUUCCCUGCUACUUCAGUUUCAGAUAUUUGUUGAACAUUCUUUGUUUCUUUACUAGAUCAUCAGCCUCCCCUGCUACUUCAGUUUCAGAUAUUUGUUGAACAUUCUUUGUUUCUUUACCAGAUCGUCGGCCUCCCCUGCUACUUCAUUUUCAUAUAUUUGCAACUUGAUUUGAACAUUCUUUGUUUGUGACAGAGAGCAUGGAGUAUAGUUUUUUGAAAGAGACUGAGAUCUAUGAAAUUACUUCUCUGAAAAUAUGUAAUUACUUCCCUGUAAUAUAUUUGAAUGUGGUGUUGCAAGUUGUGAAACAAAUUUAUGUGAAAUGAUUUGUGGAAUAUAUGUGAAUUUAUAUUUCAAUAUGGUGAAACAGACAAUUUCAGUCUGUGGAAGUGUUACAUAUUUCUGAAAAUGGUUGGAAUGAUUUUGAGUGGGAUAUGAAUUGAAAUAGUUGUGUGUAGUUGAGCUGCGCAAAAAAUGUGAAACUAAUAUUUCAAUGUAUUGUUGCAAGUUGUGAAACUAAUUUCUCUAAAAUAUAUGAAAUUACUUCUCUGAAAUACAUAAAACUGAUAUUUCUCAUAUUUGUAACUUGUUAUUUCAGUGAGAAAUUACUUCCUUGAAAUGUAUUUCAAUGUGGUGUUGCAAGUUGUGAAACUAUUUUUUGUCCAAAUAUAUGAAAUUACUUCUCUGAAAUAUAUGAAACUGCUAUUUCAUAUAUUUGUAACAUGUUGUUUCGGUGAGAAAUGUACUGAAAUAUAUGAAAUUACUUUCCUGAAAUAUAUUUCAAUGUGGUGUUGCAAGUUGUGAACCUAAUUUCUGUGAAAAUAUAUGAAAUUACCACAUUGAAAUAUAUGAAACUGCUAUUUGUCAUAUCUGUAACUUGUUAUUUCAGAAAGUGAGAGAGGUUUGUCCUUUGUGAAAAAUUUGAAACUGGGAUUUCAAUGUGUUGUUGUAAGUUGCAAAACUAUUUUCUAUGAAAAUAUAUGGAAUUAGAUCUCUGAAAAAUAUGAAACAACUAUUUCUCUUAUCUGUCAUUUGUUAUUUUAGUGAUAUAUGUAUUGAGAAAUUACUUCCCUGGAAUAUAUUUCAAUGCGGUGUUGCAAGUUGUGAAAAUAAUUUCUGCGAAAAAAUAUGAAAUUACUUCUAUGAAAUAUAUGAAACUGUUGUUUCUCUUAUCUAGCAUUUGUUAUUUAAGUGAGAUGUGUAUUGGGAAAUAUGAAAUUACUUCCCUGAAAUAUAUUCCAAUGUGUUGUUACAAGUUGUAAAAGUAAUUUCUGUGAAAAUAUAUGAUAUUAGAUCUCUGAAAAAUAUGAAACUGCUAUUGUCGUAUAUGUAAUUUGUUAUUUCAGUCAUAUAUGUAUUGAAAUGUAUGAAAUUACUUCCCUGAAAAUAUAUGUAAUUACUUUACUGAAAUACAAAAAUAUACAUCACUUACAUGGCUCAGCUACACAUAGAUAUGUGAAAUUUAUAUUACAAUGUAGUGUAACUAGACUAUUUUAGCCUAUGCAAGUGUUAUAUGCUUCUUAAGAGGAUUGCAAUAUUUUUUGAAAUAUUUGAAAUGAUAUUUCAAUUAGGUAUGAAUUGAAAUAGCUAUGUGUAGCUAAGUUGUUUUGGAAAAAAAAUACGAAACUGACAUUUAAAGUGAAAGAGGUUGAUCCUUUGAAAAAUAAGCUGAUAUUUUUGUACGUGUGUGAAUUGUGAAGUGAGACCGGCUAUAGUGGCUGAAAUCACGUGGGUAGGCCCAGCUGGUCAAAUCACGUGGGCGGGGACCAGCCAGUGGCAGAUGUAGAGGGUGGACAGGAUGGGCCAUGGCCCACCCUGAGAUUGGAUAAUGGGCUUUAUACCAUAGGGAAAAAGCUUAAAAAAAAUUAUAUAUACAAUUGCACUGUUGGCCCACCCUGACCCAAUGGGCUAGGUCCACCACUGAGACCAGCUGGUGGAAUAGAGGUAAUAGCACCAGGAGUCCCACAACUUGUACUGGAUGUGAUGAUUUGGUCCCAAUCUUGCAAAAGGCAACUAUUGAGUCACACAACUUGCAGCCAAUGUGCAAAUUUGGUCCCAGCCAAUCAGAGCACUACAAGUGGAGCCUAGUCAGCACAGCCGGUCAGCACAGCGCAUUUUGCAUUUACCCCCCUGGACUUAGCACUAAUCAACUCGCACUACAAGUGGAGGAAGGAGCUGGAUCCAGCUCGCCGCCAUGGUGUCUUGGAGGAAGAGCGGAGCUCUGCUUCCGGCGCACCACCGAGCCCGACGACACAGACCCCCAGAGCGCGGCCAGAUGGGCGCCGGCGGAUUUCCCUGCCGCCUCCGCCUCCUCCUCCUCCUCCUCGCCGCCGUGCUCCUCCUGCUCCUGUCGACGGCGUCGUGCGCCGACCUCUACGCGGUCGUCUACAAGGGCUGCGCCAACCAGACCUUCGCGGGGGGCGCGCCGCCGCCCACCGUCGCGGCGCUCUCCUCCGCGCUCGCCGCGCAGUCGGCCUCCGCCAAGUUCUACAAGACCUCCUCGGCGUCGGCCUCCUCGGCCUCCGCCUCCGUCUUCGGCCUCUUCCAGUGCCGCGGCGACCUCUCCGGCCCGGACUGCUCCUCCUGCGUCGCGCGCGCCAUGUCCUCCUGGCGCUACCUCUGCGGCGGCGCCGUCGCGGCCCGCGUCCAGCUCAACGGCUGCCUCGCGCUCUACGAGAUCUCCAGCUUCCCCCAGGUCCCCGGCGUUCAGAUGCUCUUCAAGACCUGCGGCUCUGGCGGGGGCGCCGCCGACGCCCCGGACUUCGAGACCCGCCGCGGCACCGCCUUCAGCCAGCUCGAGGGCGGAGCGGGCUCCAGCGCGGGGGGGUUCUUCGUCACCAGCUUCCAGCAGGUGUACGCGCUGGCGCAGUGCGAGGGCGACCUCUCCAACGUCAACUGCAGCAACUGCGUCACCCAGGCCGUGCAGCGCGUCGCCGUCGAGUGCGGCGGCGCCCCCUCCGGCCAGGUCUACCUCGACAAGUGCUACAUUACCUACAGCUACUACCCCCACGGCGUGCCCCACGGCGGCGGCGGCGGCCUCGGAGGUAUACUACCGUUCCUUCUUCCUCCAAACAUCUGUAGUGCGGGAAGUGGAGGAAGUUGUGGGCCGAGCUCGUGCGGGAGAUUGGCAGGCUCGCACCGGGGCCCCGCCGCCGCCCCCGCCCCGCGUUCUCGUCGCGGCGCGCCGUCGCCGCGCUCCCGGACCCGUCGCCGCGGCCGCUUCGCGACAACCGCGCCAGGCUCUCCGACAGGCACUGCCACUGGAUACUGCAGUCGCUGGGCCAGGCCGUGCACAUCAUCGCGCCCGACGGCAAGCUCCUCUACUGGUGAGACACGCUCCUUGGCUUGGUUUGGUCGCGCAUGCAUGGUGCCCACCAGGUGUUCGAUCAAAAUGCUGAACCAGUACUGUUACUAUGAAUAGCUUCAAGUGUAGGAUGUGGUGCUUUUUUGGCUAUAUUCAGUUGUGUGAUCCUGCCCACCGAGUGAAAAUGUGUUGCUGGGACCUGCAUGGAGGCUGAAAUGCUAGCUCAGAACUUAGUUUGGGCUGCACAGAUCUCUUGUGCUGCUACAAGGAUGUAACUAAUGGCCUUUCCCUUGAGGUUAUAUUGAGCU